UUUCAUCAGCUCCCCCACUGCCAACAUCAAAGAUCGAGCUUCGAACACCAUGUUCAGAGGAUCCCCCUUGAAGAAGAUCAGGACUGAAGAACCAUCUUCCUCAAAGCGGAAGUUCCUCGCCGGGAAUCCACUCUGGCCGUGCCCCAGCAACUACUGCGACGGCCUUUUGAAGAAGAUCCCCAAGACCAAGGGUGGAUUUUUCACGCCUUGCGACCAGAAGCAGUCCAACGAUCCGAACACCUGUCAGGUCUCGUGCUCUUUUUUGAGCGAGCGAGGACCAAACCCCGUCAAGUGCGAACUGUGCUUGACGCCUGUAGGAGGGACACCUUCUCUCGGUGUUCUGUCCGGAGAGAAGACCGAUCAAGGCCGAGGCGAGUGGCUGAAUAUACACGCGGUGUGGAAGUUGUGCGCCGGGGCGACGACAUCUGACGGUGGAAAGUACAAGAACGCCACCCUCGCCACCGGGGAAAUCGUUGGGCGCCCGUGUAGCUGCUUCGACCCGGAGAAGAACGUCGACGACAUCAAAGAGGGGUGCACGGGAGACAUCCAAGAGGGCGAGUACGUCGUCAAGGAUUGGACCGACCCUCCCCUCCACCUCCACUGUGCGAAGCGCCUCUGGCGGGCGAAGGUCGACGAGAUCCUCAGGGAGAAGAAGAUCCUGAAGGACAUCGGUACUACCGCGGAGAAGGAGAGCUCCCAGCCUUCGGCGCCAGCCAUCGACCGUCCUUCAUUCUACUGCGCAGGUCAACCCACCUUCAUGCCUGGCGUUACCCUGCGACUCAUCCCUGCACCUCCGGGAACAUUGGCUUCUUCGUGCCAACAACACGCACUUCUCGUGCCUGUUGCCGGACUACUCGCUGUAUCGUGUGCAUUGUCUACAGUAGAAUUACCAUCGUUUGCGUUGGGAACACUCUGCUGUGGCAGCAAAUGUCUGGGUUGUGGGGAGCCCUUCGUUCAUUUUGCGGAACGGGCUUUUUCGCUUCUUUCGAGGGGCUGCGAGUGAUGGUUUGGGCAUCGCCGCGCCCCUUGCCGCUUGGGCCUUCCGCAUAGUCGCGUCUACAGUAGAAUUAUCGUCAUUUGCGUUGGGAAUUUCAACGACUUUUGCCGUUUUACGAAUUGCCUUUCGUCUACCUCUGCCACUCUGCUGUAUUGCAAAUAGCUGGGUUGUGGGAAGUCGUUCGUUCAUUUUGCGGCACGGUCUUUUUCGCGUCUUUCGAGGGGCUGCGGGUUUCACACAUGUGUAUUCGAGCUUCCACGUCGUCGCGCAAUCUUCGAUCGAUUAUCUCGCUUUUUUUCGGUUUGUUUUUAUACGUUUUCUUCCAAAAAAAAGAAAAAACGGAGUUGCGCGCUUUUUUCCUGUUUGUUUUUACCCCACGUGGGUUUUCACGGU